GUUCGCCGUGAUCACCAGGUUAAAUAUCACAAAGACCUUCACUCAGCAGGCGCUUCCUCAUCCUCCUCCUCCUCUCCCGGCAUGCUACCUUCACCAUGACGGAAACCGCCUCCAAGGCUGCUUUUCAGAUCCAGCCAGAAAGGGGCAUUAGUUGGAUAACUCUUGGGUCUUCUAUCUACAGCAUAUUAACGAGGCUGAAAGCGUCGCCACAGAUCUAUCCAGGUCUCGAGUUGUCCUAUUCCGCUUCAGAGCCAAUCACGCAACCAGUCGUUCUCAGUCUUCCUUGUAAUGGACUGAGGCUCCGGUUCGACGGUCCAGACCAGCGGCUACGGUUAAUCGAGGUUCUGGACUUUUCCCUCAGCACUUUUGUUUAUAAAAACACAGAUCUGGUCCGCCGAGUUAAGGGUUCGGACGACAUCAGCCAAGAUGAAGGCUCCUCUAGCGGGCCCACCUUUCGACAUGUCUAUAAUCGUCUCUUUGGACCAACGUAUGCCGGAGAAUACAUUGCUCCAGAGCCCAGUCUUUCGGAGGGCACCUACGUGCUCUCGUAUCCAGGACUGGCAUUUACCUUCCCCGUGAAGCAUAAAUCCUGGUCCGAAAAAGUUGAUUUUGUGUCAAUUUUGUCGUCCAAUGCAACUGGGUCGGCAGUGUCCAUGGCCGUCUUCUCCGGGUCUUCGUGGACAGAAGCAAGAUCAAAUUUGUAUACGAGACCUCCAACAUAUCCUCGAUCACCAACGCUUGUUGGCAAGUCUGUUGAAACGGUGCCAGACGAGAUCGAGGAGGUGAGAGUGUUCGGAGGUGGCAGACUUGAACUGCUGCGGAGGGCCUCUCCGCCCAUGGCCAUCACAUUGAGUGAAACAACACCUCAAGAUCUCGUGGCGGAGCUGGGGCCUCCUGAUGCCAUAUAUCGUAAGAAUGAUAGGCGGAUUUCGAUUCAUGCUACCGGCAACCCUGCGAAUCGGCGGCGGCCUAGCAUGUCUCCGGGGCUCGAUCCUCAGGCGCUGGACACGGACCAGUCUUCGAUCCAAAGCUAUACCGAAGAAUCAGACUUCGAUCCCGAGCUGGAGGAAGAUAGAGCAGAUUCAUCCAGUGAUGAGUGUUUCUACAACUACUUUACGCACGGAUUUGACAUCCUAAUAUCAUCCCCAGCCGCAAGAUCUCCAGCUUUUCCGGAUUCGACGACCAGCGAGAGCUCUGGUUCGUCCAGCGCGCAACUGGUCGCCACGAAGGUCUUCUUACAUGGCAACAUCCCUGGCUCGUUCGCUUUCAAUCGCCACCGAAGAAGUCGCUGGGUGAUACGUACGCGGGGGGAAGCCCGAGGGCCGAUCCUGACUUCAGAAAUGGCAUUCUCCGAAAUAUCUGGGGCUCUGAAAGAAGUGUGGCACGAGACUUACAAAGACGAGGACGAGGAGAAGCAAAUGCAGCGAGGGAUGGUCCUCAACAGGGGGUGGGGGGAGAGUCCAGAGAGCUCAAUAGAGCUGCUGGGCGAUCUCGAGGAGAGCCCGAAUCGAGAAAAGGCCGACGACCACAGCACAGCCGAUGCUGGAGGGGUGAUGGGCAACACGGAGCUGUUUGGCUUUCCGGGGAUGUUGUUUGAGGUGCUGAAGAACGACACAGUCAGCUGUCUGACGGUAUUUUAGAGGGACCCAGCACAGAGGCGUGAAUCCAGAGCCGGUUUCCCACAGAGCGAGGAUCUAGUAGUGCUGGGUAGACAUUUACAGAAUCUGGAUACCUGGAUAACACUGAGGACCUUGGGCUGUACCAGCUGCGGCGCAGUCAGUUCGGGCACAAAGCGGAGAAGAUGCCGAAGUCCAG